GGGAGUUGUAGUCUCUCGGGCUGUACCGGCGCGGGACCUACCCUUCGCUGUACAGCGAUUACGUGGCGCGAGAGCGGAGGCAGGACGCAAGUGCGGCAUCAUGGCGGCUCCCGGUGGUUGGUCUAGUGUGCUCUUGUUGCUGCUUGUGGCGGGGAUCGCACCCCCUGCGUGGGGCCUCUACUUCCACCUGGGCGAAACGGAACGCAAAUGCUUCAUCGAGGAGAUCCCGGACGAGACCAUGGUCAUCGGGAAUUACCGGACGCAGUUGUAUGAUAAGCAGCGAGAGGAGUACCUUCCCGCCACUCCCGGCCUGGGCAUGUUUGUGGAAGUGAAGGACCCCGAUGAAAAGGUGGUAUUGUCCCGGCAGUAUGGCUCAGAGGGCAGAUUCACUUUUACUUCACACACCCCAGGAGAGCAUCAGAUUUGCCUGCACUCCAAUUCCACAAAGUUUUCCCUUUUUGCAGGAGGCAUGCUGAGGGUCCAUCUUGACAUCCAAGUUGGGGAACAUGCCAAUGAUUAUGCUGAGAUUGCAGCUAAGGACAAGCUGAGUGAGCUGCAGUUGCGUGUUCGCCAGCUUCUGGAGCAGAUAGAACAGAUCCAGAAAGAACAAAACUACCAAAGGUGGCGAGAGGAGCGCUUCCGGCAAACCAGUGAAAGCACAAACCAGCGGGUUCUCUGGUGGUCCAUAGUCCAGACUCUCAUUCUUGUAGUCAUUGGAGUUUGGCAAAUGAGGCACCUCAAGAGUUUCUUUGAAGCCAAGAAGCUGGUAUAAAAAGGAAGUAAUAUCAGCCCAAAGCCUGCAUUUCUCCCAUGAGCAGUUCCUGGCACUUCAGGUGUCUGCGUUGAUCCUCUCUUCUCUCAUUGGCUCUUUCCACCAGACUGGUUACUUGCCAGGAUUUGUGCCAUCUACCUCCCACUGCCUCAGCUCUUCUUCCCCCUUCAACAUCUCAGCCUGUGGUGAUUUUAGUGCAGUGUUUUGGCCCCAGGAAGUUGCUGCCUUCUUUCCAGAUAGUCAAGACCAGCCCACCCCUCCUUCUCUUCCUACUCUUUAGCUCUGUAUGAAGAGUUGUUUUGUUUUGUCUUUGCAGAGAGAGGAGAAAGGCAUUGUGUCUUCAAUUUUUUUUCUGGCUAAAUAUGUUCUUCAAAAUUAGACUGUCUUCUGAAACGUGAUUGGAACUUUGUAUAGCCAGCAUCACAAUAUAUCAAAGCCAAGAAAACUGUUGCUGUUUUUAGCUGUGUUAUAUAUGUACUAGCACUGAUUUCUAAAUACCACCAGUGCAUUGCUCAGGAGAAUGUUUUGAAUGAGAAGAUCUGAAGGCUGUCCUUGCAUUUCUCCUGUUCUAUAUAUUUGUCAUAGAUGAGAUUCAGUUUGAUUUGGGGAUUAGCUUCUGUGGAAUUAAUAGAUGGACCAUAUUAGGAUUCUUUCUGAAAUAAAUCUGUGUUGCAGGGUUAAUAUGCUGAUCACUGGGCUACUAAUAAGGGAUAAAUAAGUAUUGAAAUUUACUUAUGCUCUCCUCCUAUAGUUUGUUAGAAUUAAAUUAAUUUUUCCUGUAUACAUCUAAUCACCAUUUUCUGGCAGAUAGGAUACUUCAUUUUCUCAUUACUGUGAAUGUAUAAGCAGUUGCAAAGUUGCUUUUACAGCAAUGCAACUCUUAAAGUAGCAGCAUUCAAUGGCAUAUUUGCAACGGUAUCUGCAGCAAACCACAGUGAAUCCAAAAUUAUGGCAUAUGUCACCUACUUGCAUCCCAGUGUGUGAUAUUUGUAUAUAGUCAAGGCAUUUGCAUGGCAGUAUCACACACAUUUUGUUAUCUCCCCUGUCCUUGUAGAUGCCCAGGUAUCCAUGUGUCUGCUGCUCUGCCAACAAAAUCCUAAUUACAUUUACUUGGAAGAAAAUUCUACUGAUUUCAUUGGAACUUCCAAAUAAAGUUGCUAAUAUUUGUAGCUUAAGUCUCCUUUGGGUUUCUUUUGCCAAAUUCCUGGGUAUCUAGCAAAUUCUACAUAGUUAUUCUUUCAAAAUUAGGGAAGCACUCCCUUGUUAUCUCUUCAGCAUCUAAAUAUGGGGAUGCAAUUUUGGGAGGAGGAAAGAGAAAAAAUGGCUUUGAUCAGACAUUAAAAUUUGUGGCCAGUAAACCAUAUUCUAUUAUAUUAGUGAAAGAAUUAACUGCCUAAAUUUUGCUUCUCCCCUUGUGCAUCUGGUUAUAAUUCUUUAUAUUCUAGAUAGUUACAUGUCAUAUUCUAACAGGCAGUGCUUCUAAGCUGCAAAGUUUAAGCCACAGUUUCUUAGUUUGGAACUCAAGGGAAACUGAACAAGGUCAAGGCCUCAAAUAUGGGUAUACAAAAGAGAGUGGCAAAAUGAUGGGAAUGUUUUGUGUUGUCAGAAUAUUCAUUUUGCACUCAGAUUGUUUUGUCUGAACCUGGCCAUUAUUUAUGGAGAACUAGAGUGAAGGUUCUGUUACUGCUUUAUGUUUGUAAAUACUAGUUCUGAAUAAGCUUGAAGCAUUGUCUGUUGGCUUAUGUUGACCAUCUGAUUUGCUUUUUUUCUUUUAAUGGAGAGUAUGGCAGGAUUGGUAGAAUGAAUGCAAGUGCUGUUAUUGUGCUCUGUUCAUCCCAUUGCCUAUCCACACCUCCUUUUCACUAUAAAAAUCUGAAAGUGUUAUUUUUAGUUUUUGUGAAGAGUGAGCAUAAAACCUAUGUGGAUGGUGUGUUAUUUGGCCAGCAUAUGUUUGACAGUUAAUAUAUAAAUUUUUUCUACAUGGGUAUGCAUAAGAUUUGCUUUCCUAAAUGCUAACGAUAAAGUUUAUUACCUGAGCAGACUGCAGAACUCUCUGUAAGACAGGGAACUAGAAGUAACUGCAGUGAGUUCUGUGAUUCAGAUGAUACUAAAUGAGUCUAAUAAACCUUGUUUGUACAUGGCAUGAAUGUGUUGUGUACCUGGUUUAAUAAAACAGGUGGGAUAGUGAUUUUAUUGCUGAAAUACCUGAGGAUGAACUUAAAGUGUUAAGAAACUUGAGUCAGACAAAUUCACUCCAACUUGUUUCCAAUUAUCCAAUAUACUAGAAGUCACAAACAAUGUUGAGGAAUAGAAGUCCACUCAAAAUAAUUGUUUGUGGGCAUUCAGUUGUAUCUGAAUCUUGAGUGGACUAUAUGACAUGCCAAGAUUGAUUCCGAAAGAAACCUUGAUGUAUUGGGAAAAUGGGAGCUUUUUAGAAGGAUUCUUGUAUUGUUACCCUGUUCUUAGAAUGUGGUGUGUUGAAAAGGAGGCCUUUGGAAUUGUUUUCAGUUUUGUAAUAACCUAAACAUUUUAGAAUGACACCACCAAACUUUCGCACACUGGUACACUCAAGGUAUGAUGGACUAUAAUCCAAAUUAUGAGUCAGCAUAGCCAUUCAUGGGCAUAUCCAAGAUAUCAAAAAGGCACUAAAUUAGUAUGUCUAUACAAUCCAGUUGAAAAGUUUAAGAUUCUAGCCACCUUACUUUUACUGCUAUACUUGAAACAAGUUAUCAUUUAAGUGGGAGAAGAAAUAGCUAAAGCUUUUAGGGGAGAGAGGGUAAUUUUAAUAAAUGAUCUGUCCUUGAUUUUGUUUUUUGAGGCUACUUAACUCUGGUUGCUAUUGUAAUGAGAGAAAUUAAAAAUGGUUCUUUCCUUCUAAAA